AUGGAUUUCCAGCAGCUGGCGGACGUGGCGGAUAAAUGGUGCUCCAACACCCCCUUCGACCUCAUCGCCACCGAGGAGACCGAGCGGAGGAUGGAUUUCUACGCCGAUCCCGGGGUCUCCUUCUACGUGCUGUGCCCGGACAACGGCUGUGGGGACAAUUUCCAUGUGUGGAGUGAAAGUGAAGACUGCUUGCCUUUCCUGCAGCUAGCUCAGGAUUACAUUUCCUCCUGUGGGAAGAGAAGACGCUUCAUGAAAUACUGGAGAAAGUUUUCAAGUCAUUCAGGCCACUACUUGGUCUCCCAGAUGUGGAUGAUGACACGUUUGAAGAAUAUAAUGCGGAUGUGGAAGAGGAUGAACCAGAGGCAGAUCACCAGCAGAUGGGGGUCAGCCAGCAGU